AUGUCACUUCCUACCGUCACCACCUAUACUGGAUACAAAGACGAUCAUGUAAGAAACUGGUCAUAUAGUCAUCACCUCAAAAACACGCAACGCCAAAACGAUAUGGACUUUUACAGCACUGAUGAAGAUGUACAGCAGAGAUAUUUAGAGAGCAGACGCAACGAGAACCAACGAAAUGAGGAAACGUCUCAGAUGACCACCCGUGAAGAUUUACAAGAUGAUACACCAGAAAAACGAGGAAGUACAGUGGUGGUUGUCCACAAAGAAGUAGUCCACAAUUCACAAACAACAAAUGGGUUUCGUGAUUCUGAUGAUGAUGGUGGAAUUACCAUUGAAAACACAAAGAUUCUCGUUGAGGGAUCACAAGCCGUAUAUCAAAGCCAAACUCCCUCCGACGAUCGUAUUGAAUCAAAAGAUACUGAAAUCAGAAUUAAUGCUGUUGAUGCUGCUCCUGAUAAUGAGGGUACACAACCUUCGAGUCCGAUAACCCAACGACCACGAAAUGCCAUCGAUCCACCAGCACCCAGUCGAAUAUCAGUAACAGAAAUUGAAACUUUCACCAUUGACGCGCCAGAAGAAAAUGUGACAAGAAAUGAGUCCAAUGAAUUCAUCCUACAGGAUGAAGGCGAGGUCGUAAUGGAAUAUAGAAAUGCGAACAGAGCUCAAAAUGAUAACCAUCCAACAACUGAACAUAUAGACCACAAAGAAGCAUCUCAUGACCAUUCUGAAGGAAAGCCCGGGUUGGCAUAUCCUUCGUACCUGGAAGCAGCAGCAGCUGAUUAUGAUGCAUCUCAGACAGGGUCCAUGAUAGUUUAUCACGAAGACGAGGGUAACACCCUGCAACACAUCACCAACGGCAUAGCUAGGGGUAAUGGAUAUGAACAGGCUGAUGAAGAUUCAAUCAACAUUGGUGCAAGUUCUUCCCCGCAACCAACUCCAUUAAUAGCUGAUACUGAAUAUCAACCUCAGAGCACCUCGGACAUGCAGAAAGAAUCACAGCCAACAGUAAAAUCGAGCUUCCAAAACAAAUCAAAGUGGGGCGUUAGCUCAUCGUUUUUGGGCCGAUUGCGUGAGAAAAUUCGACCUGUUUCAAAAACACCAAACUUGAGAGAUUCUCCACCAGAAGUUGCUGUGCAACAAGAACCCAGUCAAGAACCAGAACCAGCUUAUGAGAGCAAGCCUCAGAACAAUGACCAAUCAUCUAAUUUCGCCAUCCAAUCCGAGAACCUUAAAGAUGAAGGGCCCCAUCGUCGCCAAUGGGACAGACCAGAUGAAGACUUGCUGCCUCCACCAACUUAUAAUUCUGAAGCACCUGAAGCAAUAAAUCGACCACCAACCCCUCCGUCACCAUUCAUCGGACCACCGCCUUUAGCACCCCCACCACCGCCUAUUCCUCAAUCCAGUCCAUAUCCAAAACAUGUUUCGUUUGCAAACGGCGAAGUAGAAAUAUCAAGUCAUUUGUAG